AUGCGCUCUGGUGGUGUGGCAAUUUUGGUUCAUCAUUCGUUGAAUAGUAGAACUGUAACGAUAAAUUCGACAAUUGGACCGGACGAAGCGAGUGAAUUUUUGGUCAUUGAGUUAUGCAUCAAACCACAACCGUUAAUACUGUACGUUUGUUACAUGAGUAUGUUCGACCCAUGCAUUGCCGCGAAACAUUAUCAUCAUGUGAAAGUCAUCGUAGAGAAAUAUCGCAAUCACAAAAUAAUUGUCCUUGGCGACUUCAAUUUGCACGACAUCAAUUGGUCUCUCGAUGACGAUGACGAAAACGCCUAUAUACCAUACGCUCCGACCGAUCGCAACAUCAAUGGAAAUCGUUCGUGUUAUCAAACGGAUGCGCUCGACUUCUUGGAUAAAAUGCUCAGCCUGCCCCUAUCACAACUAUCGAAUUUCCGCAACAACGCAUUGAACGUUCUGGAUUUGGUUUUCGUGAAUGAUUCCAAUGCAGUCAACGUAACAAGAGACCGUUAUACUAUCAUUGAACAAGAACAACAAGACGCCAGACACAUUCCGUACGAAAUCAUGAUGGAUUACGACACGGAGUUCGUUCAACGUGGAGUAUGUGACUGUUUUCCAGUAUGCAAGAGAGAUGUCGACGCCGCAUAUGAAUUUUUCGUUCAAACGAUGAAAUCUCUAAUCGAACAAAAUGUACCGAAGAAGACCAUCAGAAAGUACUCGAACAAACCCAAAUGGUGGUCGGCCGAACUGCAACGAUUGAAAAAUCGACGGAACAAAUUAUUCAAACGGAAAUCAGAAACGGAUGUUGGAUCAUUGGACGAAUAUGAAGCAGCUUACAAUGAAUUCAAUAAAGAAAGUGAUCGUCGGUCGAAUGAACACAACAUCAGAGUGCAGGAAAAUAUCAAGUCGAACCCGGCCGAAUUUUGGAAAUUCGCUAAACUGAAAGGUGGAACUGAAAAAUAUCCGGACGUAAUGAACUAUGGUGACAGAGUCGGUACGUCAACGGAAGAAAUAGUCGACAUGUUUGCAGACUACUUUGAAUCGCUUUAUGUGCCGGAUGCAGAAAACUGUAACUUCGAUGAACGAUACAUUCCGAUCAAUGGUGCAGAGGAUAUAAAUCUGUCGCUAUUUGACAUCGAAGCCGCAAUUCAUUCACUCGAUCCGAAGGGCGGUGCUGGUCCCGAUGAAAUCAAACCGUUUGUCAUGAAAGUGUGUGCAUCAGCAGUCGCCUGGCCAGUAUGGUUGUUGUAUCAAAAAUCGUUCGACAGUGGCAAAAUAGCGACAGCAGCAAAAGUAAAUCGAAUCGUUGCGGUAUACAAGAAGAAAGGGACCAAAACUGAUGUUAAAAACUACAGAGUCAUCGCAAUUCAAACAAUGCUCAUGAAAAUUCACGAUAUAGCGGUAAAAAAAAACAUCAGCAUGAUAAUCCAGCCUCAAUUGAAAAGCGCACAACAUGGGUUCAGAAACAAGAAGUCAGUUGUCACGAACUUGUUAGUCCAGACUACCCUCGCACACCAAGCAUUCGAACGAAAUUGUCAACUGGACACAUUCAUUGGUGAUCAUCAGACCGCUUUCGACAAAGUGGUUAUUAUGCUGCUGAUCAUCAAAUUUGCCAGAUUCAAAAUUGGUAAAAAGACUGCAAGAUGGUUGUGGCAAUACUUGAUCGGCCGUACAAAUUUUGUUCAAAUUGGGAAGUCAAAGUCCAGAUUGUACGAGUCACCAUCUGGAGUACCACCUGGCAGCUCACUGGGACCGUUGAUGUUCACCGUCUUCAUCGAUGACUUGGUUCGACGUGCUGGAAUGAGACAAAUCGUCUUCAAUUCAACAACGACAAAUGCCACAUAUUCAGCGCACACCGUAGCGAAUCAAGUUUUAUCCAACUACACAAUGGGUAAUCACGUCGUCGAAAGAGUUGAAGAAAUCACUGAUCUUGGCGUUCGUUGCAACAAGUGGUAUCAUCCUGGACAUCACAUAGAACACAUGACGAUGAAAGCUCGGCAGAUGGUUGGUUGCAUUAAACACUUUUCAAAAUGGAAACUUCACAAAAGAAACACAACCGGAUACUUUACAUGGCAUAUGUACGAUCACGCCUUGAAUAUGCAUCGACUAUUUGGAACCCAUCUGCACAAACUAGCACCGUACGAAGAUCGAUGUAAACAACUUGGACUGCAAAAUUUGGAAAAGCGACGAACAGUAGCGGAUGCCACGCUUGCCUUCGACAUAUUCAAGGGCAACAUUAUUGACGAUAUAAUUUCACCGAAAUUCAUACGAAAUGAGAGUGUCUACAAUCUACGAGAUUCUACGCUACAACUGCUGGUUGAACCAAGAUUUUCGAGCGUGUACUUAUCAAAUCAACCUAUCAUGAAACUUAUCAAACUGAUCAAUGGACACAAGGCAACAGUGAACGG